AUGUGUGGUUGUCAGUUAGCCAUUUCAGAAGAACUUGAUGAACCGUAUCGUCUGAUCUGGUUACAAGCCAGAGACAGACUUCAUCAAGCACCGCAAACCGCCGGUUAUGGCGACAUGUUGCACCUGCAAAGCGUUGAUCCCGCAUAUAGUGGCCCGUACUGGGUCAUGAUGGAGACUAGGUCGGGCGACAAAUUCUAUAGUCGUCCAGCACAUGUGAUUGUUCGUCCACGUGCUAUGAGCGGCGGUGAUAACAACGGUGUUAACUUUGAAUGGUCAUUGCUACGAGGUGGUAGCGUCGUACGAGAUCUGUCUCGUGAAGAUUCAUUCACGAUUAGUCGAACGGAUUCAUCGAAUGAUUUUGGUAUUUAUCGUUGUGAGGUUGAGGACGAUGAUGGCCAAUUGCUCGGCGCCGCUUAUUCGGCGCUGACCAUCGCCAGUGGCGCACCAAACAAUGCGCAAAUAGUGAAAUUUGACGAAAAAUCAGAGGCUAUAAUAACGUGCCCAGUUUAUGCGUUACCAGGUGCCGAGGUAACGUGGGAGAAACAAGACGGAGAAUUGCCAGAGAUGGCCGUAACAUCCAGGAACAAACUUAUAAUCAAAGAAUUCGAUGAUGCGGCAACGGGAACGUAUGUGUGCAAAGUUUCUGUCGAGGGACAACAAAUUGAAGGAUUUGUCAACGCACUUAUAUAUGCUCAAGUUCCAAUCGUUGAGCCGGUUUCGCAAACGGUUAAGGUCAACGAAACCAUACAGUUGCGUUGCACUAUGCCAAGUCAUCCGCACGUAAUGCUCACCUGGGAACGUCUUGAUGGAUUACUGAACGAAAACGCGACCGAUCAAAAUGGUGUGCUCACAAUCGAGAAAGCACAAGCGUCCGAUCAAGGCAUUUAUAUCUGCUUAACGGAUGACUUCCAUCCGGGUCAUCCGAUGCACUCCGCACCUGCACGUGUCGUCGUUGAAACUUUUCCUGACACAAUAAUUCAAGUGCUGUUAGAAGCAUCAUCAGAAAGUGUUGCAAUCGGCGAUCGUGCCUGGUUUGACUGUAAGGUGACUGGAGAUCCAGAAGCUGAGAUCACUUGGACACGAGAUGCGGAUGAGGAACUUCCCGAUAACGCUCAAGUGGUAGCCAAUCGUCUACUGUUCGUGAAUGUUCGUGAAGAUAACGGUGGUAUCUACAAGUGCCAUGCGCAGACCAAAGAGGGACCGUUAGAGACGCGAACUGUGCUCAAUGUGGCCGCGUCAAAACGCAAGCGCAAGCAUCUUCAUCGUUUCAAAUUAGAUUCCGCACAUAGCAAAAGCAAUAGCGUGACCAAUCAUAGAGAUCUGAUCCAGAAUCACCCCAAGAACAAACAAUAUCAUAAACAUAAGAAACUUCAUAACAACAACAACAACAACAUCAAAAACGACAACAGGCAACACGAAUCGAUUUUCGGGCGCUGGUUCACUUCACAUUAG